AUGACAGUGGCCCCCCGGAUCAAGCAGACUGCGCAUAAGUCCACUACAGGCAAAGCCCUCCACAAACAGCUGGCCAAAACAGCCGCCCGGAAAAGCAACCCCUCGACUGGCGGGGUGAAGCAGCCUCAGCCUCGCUACAGGCCCGGCACUGUGGCGCUCCAGGAGAUCCGCCGUUUCCAGAAGUCAACGGAGAUGCUAAUCCGGAAGCUGCCCUUCCAGCGGCUGGUGCGGGAGAUCGCACAGGACUUGAAGUCGGACCUGCGGUUCCAGAGCGCAGCCAUCGGCGCGCUGCAGGAGGCCAGCGAGGCGUACCUGGUGGGUCUGUUCGAGGACACGAACCUGUGCGCCAUCCACGCCAAGAGAGUGACCAUCAUGCCCAAAGACAUCCAGCUGGCCCGCAGGAUCCGGGGAGAGCGAGCUUGA